GGAGUGGGAAUGCCAUAUUAUCCACGUCUUACACAUUUUGAGGCCUUGAAAUGUCGAUGCUGAUUUCCAGCAUCGCAAACGAGUUUUCAGUUUUGUUCCCUCUUCCCUUCCCCUCCCUUCCCUGCCUCAACUUUAACACGCAAAUAUUAUCUCGACGAAACAAAGAUACAAAAGCAAUUAAUAUGUGUAGUCUCUGAGCUUUCAUGGAGGUUUCUGCUUCUUCCCAUGUCACUUCAGAUUACCAAGCUCUCACGACGGCGUUGUUGCUGCUAAACAACUUUCGUUUCGCCAUUUUCUUUUUAUUUUGAUUUUUCUUUGCUAAUUGCUCCGUUGGGAAUUUGGAUUGAAUUUCUGGAGCUGGAAUCCAUGUUUACCAAUGCAACUCCCUACAUCCACAUCUCGGUCAGGUGCUCUGAGUUUAUCUCCGCCGCUAAUUAAUGAUUUUGCAAGCAGUAUCUGCUAGCUUCGAUUUCUCUCAGCCACCGCCUCGUCCUCCUCACUGCCCAUGUGGAAAUUUCGCCCACCUAAGUAAAACCCACUUCUUCUCCCUCCCUUGGUCUAAAAGAAGAAGAAAGAAGCUGCUUAUCGCCAAUUUUCCUCGAAAAAGCGUGAGAAGAAAAUGGGGUUUUAGUUGCUGUGCGGUUUCGCCCGAUGCUCCGGGGUCCUCCAUGAACAUAGAGCUAACGAAUUCAGCGAGACGGGGUGCAAAAAACUUGGUGAUAAAGCGUUUCUCCAGUGAAUUGGAAGCCGAUGAAUUUUCCGAAGAGUCGCCGGUUCAAAUGGGGAACAAUUUCACCAGCUUUCAGGAGGACCCUUUUGUGGAUAAGCUCAGAACUCAGCUGGGAGUGAUACAUCCCCUUCCAUCGCCUCGAAUAAACCGAAACAUUGCUGGGUUGUUUGUGUUCUUCUUCUUUGUGGGCGUUGCGUUUGAUAAAUUGUGGACUUCAAGCAAGAAGAGCAAGCUGGGGAGUGACAAUGGCCGCCGCGAGGCAUGGCCGCAAGUGCCCACGAGCUUUUCGCUGUUUCUGGAGAAGGAUUUGCAGAGGAAGGAGUCGGUGGAGUGGGUGAACAUGGUGUUGGGGAAGCUGUGGAAGGUUUAUCGAGCCGGCCUUGAGAAUUGGCUCAUUGGGUUGCUACAGCCGGUCAUUGAUGAUUUGAAGAAGCCUGACUAUGUUGAGAGAGUUGAAAUCAAGCAGUUUUCUUUGGGGGACGAGCCGUUGUCUGUUAGGAAUGUCGAGCGGAGGACGUCCCGCCGCGUUAAUGAUCUGCAGUACCAAAUAGGUCUACGUUAUACAGGUGGUGCUCGUAUGCUGUUAAUGCUCUCACUAAAAUUUAGCAUUAUUCCCAUUUACGUGCCAGUUGGUGUUCGAGAUUUUGAUAUUGAUGGGGAACUUUGGGUCAAGUUACGGCUAAUACCUACAUCGCCUUGGGUGGGAGCCGUUCAAUGGGCUUUUGUUUCACUUCCCAAGAUCAAAUUUGAGUUGUCGCCAUUCCGCCUGUUCAAUUUGAUGGCAAUUCCUGUUCUCUCAAUGUUUUUGACCAAACUUCUCACCGAGGAUUUACCUAGAUUAUUUGUACGCCCAAAAAAGAUUGUCUUGGAUUUCCAGAAAGGAAAAGCAGUUGGCCCUGUCGGAAUUGAUUUCAAGUCAGGGGACAUACAAGAAGGAAACAAGGAUUUUGUUGGAGAAUUAUCAGUGACCCUUGUAGAUGCUCGGAAGCUUUCCUAUGUUUUCUAUGGCAAAACAGAUCCCUAUGUUACACUAAGCCUGGGAGACCAAAUUAUACGCAGUAAAAAAAACAGUCAAACUACUGUUAUUGGACCUCCUGGUGAGCCGAUCUGGAAUCAGGAUUUUGAUGUACUUGUGGCGAACCCUAAAAAACAAAAAUUAUACAUCGAAGUCAAGGAUUCUCUUGGAUUCACAGACUUAACUAUUGGUACAGGAGAGGUUGAUCUGGGAUCUCUCCAAGACACUGUACCAACGGACAGGAUUGUGGUACUGCAAGGAGGUUGGGGCCUGUUUAAAAAUAAGUCUGCUGGUGAAAUACUACUUCGAUUGACAUAUAAGGCAUAUGUUGAGGAUGAAGAGGAUGACAAAACUCAGGUGGCUUCUAUGGAUACUGACGCUUCAGAUUCAGAUGAUGAGUUGUCUGAUUCUGUGAAGGAUAAACUUGAGCCUGGAAAUGAGGCAGACAAAGAGUCCUUCAUGGAUGUUCUAGCAGCUUUAAUUGUGAGUGAAGAAUUUCAAGGGAUAGUGGCAUCCGAAACAGGAAACGCAAACUUGGGGAUGAUAUCUCAAUUGCAGGGUCAAAAAUUUCAAAAUUGCGGCGUGGACUUGAUACUGAAUCUGUGCCUUCAAAUUCCAAUAAUAAUUCGGAAGGCUCUGAAGGAGUAUCCGUGGAAACCACCUUACUUUGGCUUUCUUAGUUGCUGGCAUGUCAGUGCUAAUUGCAGUCAACAUUGGUGGCUCAAACAUUUUCAAUCCUUGAGGAGUAAGGGAGCUUGGGAACUAGAUCUCAAAACUAGCUUUAAUCAAAGGUGGAUAACACUGGUAAAUGAAAGGUGGACGGACUCACAGACUGAAUUCAUUUCCAACGUCCACUCUACACGUUGUAUAUUUGUGAUCAUUGCAGAGGAAAUUCUAUCGGCGGCAUUUUUGGUUUUUCUUUGCAGUAGGCGUCCAUAGCUAGUGUUAUAUUUACCAGUUAUCUUCUCCUUACUAACUGUUCAUAUAGCAUUUCUUCUUUCUCUUCAGAACCAGGUAGCCUUUAAAGGUUCUGUAAUUUAGAAUUGGGAACUGAAAACAACUAAUGAUUUACUCAUUGAUGCUAGAAAUGUAUAAGGGCCGAAAGCUCAAAGAUGAAAUAAUGGAAAUGGAUUCACAUUUCAGGCUUA